CAGUGGACAGAGGCAGUGGUGAUGCUGUUUUCUUACUUUUAGCCGUCAUUAUCCCAUGGAAUGAACUAUGUGGCAGCUAAACAGUGCUUCGGGAUUUUAUAAAGCACCGGUGUGCAAAUGCAUUCUGGGAGCCAGCUUCUUGUCGUCAGUCCUCAUCAACUUCCCCCUGAGUCAGUACCGUCAUCUGUGUGUGUACCACCACUCCCUUAUUGUAGAGAAACUACAACUGUGGCGUCUCCUCACCGCCAGAAUCGCCUUUCUGAACGUCAAGGACCUCAUGAUAGGAAGCAUUCUGUUUUACUAUUUUAGAACUUUUGAAAGAAGAUAUGGUUCAAGAAAAUUUGCAUCACAGCUGAUAGGAUUUUUUGUAUUUGGAAGUGUAUUAGAGCUGUCUGCUGUCCAUGUUUGCAAACUUAUGCAUUUCAAUAUGGAGCCAUUGCCAUCUGGCCCAUUAUGUUUAAUUUACCCAUUUUUUGUACCAUACUUUAUGGAUAUUCCAAGAAUAGAACUUGGAAAUGUUUUAGGAAUCCCGAUGACUGGGAAAUCCUUCCAGUAUUUCCUGGGUCUACAGGUAGCUAGCGGUUCUUUAGAGACCUUGAUAGUAGCAUUCUGUGGAAUUAUAUCUGGAAUUUUAUGGAGAAAGAACUUUUUAAAAAUCCAGCAGCUAAUUGUGAUACCCAGUGUGAUUGCUGGAACUGUGUAUAAAGUUUUUGGUAGAUUUAUUGACUCUGCAGAACCUAAAGACUAUGUUCUCCCCAUGGGAGCCACUCUAGAGCUUCAGAGACAGGAGAGGAUGGAUCAGAUUGAACGACAGGUGUUAUUGCAGUCAAUCCGAGAGCAGGGACCGCCUUACAAUCCAAAUCAGAAUGGUCCUGGACUGUUUGGAGCAAUGGAUGAUGCAGAAGAUUUUGCAGAAAUAAAUGAAGGAUUAAGGCAGAGAAAUGUCCCAGCAGCUGAUCCACCAUCACAAGAACAGAUCCAGCAGCUAGUGGAUAUGGGAUUUACAGAGGAAAGUGUGAGAAGGGCCUUACUUAUGUCUCAUAAUGACCUCAAUACAGCAACAAAUUUUCUGCUCCAAGAAUCUUAGCAGUCCUUGCUGGCCUUACAUUAAAAGAUCAUUUUCUCAUUAAAAAUGAUGAUUCUCACCAAAGAUAUGGUUGAAUUACCAAAUGCCUUACGGUAAUAAGUCACUGUAAAUAAAUAGUGUUUUUAAUUUUGAUCCUGUACAAUGUACAUCCGCUUUAUUUGUACUUCUAGCUCACUUGCAAAUUUAUAUUACAUAGUGCAGAUACAGUGAAACCUGUCUAAUCCGACAUACAUUGGUGUCGAAAUAAACAGGGUGUUGGAUUGCACAGUGGAAAGAACAUAUGAAAUGGGAAUGAA